GUUGCAUCCGAGCAAUCGCUGUCAUUCGCAGACGGAGUUUACAGCCUUUGCGCCGCUUUUUCUUUCGAUCUUUUUCUGCUGCACCCCCUCCCUCUCCCGGUGCUGCCCAGCCAGUCGACCAUGGUUUCUAUAAUUUCAGACCUGGACCCUCUCAAAAGCUGGAACGUGUUAAGGCAGGACGCCAGUGACCUCUCCGGACCGAUACAAAGUAACGGCACGGCCGGGAAGAUGAACGGGGCCUUGGAGCAUUCGGACCAGCCAGAUCCGGAUGCCAUCAAGAUGUUUGUGGGCCAGAUCCCGCGCUCCUGGUCAGAGAAGGAACUGAAGGAGCUGUUUGAGCCGUACGGAGCCGUCUACCAGAUCAACAUCCUCCGAGACCGCAGCCAGAACCCUCCACAGAGCAAAGGCUGCUGUUUUGUCACGUUUUACACAAGGAAAGCUGCCCUUGAAGCCCAGAAUGCACUGCAUAACAUAAAGACCUUAACAGGGAUGCACCACCCUAUUCAGAUGAAACCUGCAGACAGUGAGAAAUCUAAUGCCACAAACCCACUCGUUCCUACUGGAGUCAUAUUUUGUCGCAGCUCGCCACCUCGCCCCGCCACCACCUCCAUCGCCGCCGCCGCCGCCGCCACCACCACCACCACCAUCGCCACCAUCGCUUUCCCUCCUACAGGAUGUGCGUUUGUCACGUUUUCCACCAGAGCUAUGGCACAGAAUGCAAUCAAAGCCAUGCACCAGUCUCAGACUAUGGAGGGCUGCUCGUCCCCCAUCGUGGUGAAGUUCGCCGACACGCAGAAGGACAAGGAGCAGCGGCGUCUGCAGCAGCAGCUGGCGCAGCAGAUGCAGCAGCUCAACAGUGCGACCACCUGGGGGAGCCUGACGGGCCUGGGCGGACUCACUCCGCAGUAUCUGGCUGUAAGGAGAGCCGCCGCGUCGCCCACCUGCACCAUCACCUCCUCCUCCACCCCUUACUGCAGCCCCAUGGCCACCGCCACCGCAUUGCUUCAGCAGGCAACCUCCUCCAGUAACCUAGGAGCCUUCAGCGGGAUCCAGCAGAUGGCCGGUAUGAGUGCUCUGCAGUUGCAGAACCUGGCCACUUUAGCGGCGGCAGCGGCGGCGGCCCAAAACUCAGCCAGCCCCUCCACCGCAAACCCCCUGUCCUCCAACGCCGCCUCCCUGGGAGCGUUGGCCAGCCCAGCGGGCACCACAGCCAGCUCCAACGCCGGUGCCAUGAACUCUCUGACCUCUUUGGGCACCCUGCAGGGCCUGGCAGGUGCGACUGUCGGCCUGAACAACAUUAAUGCACUAGCAGGUAGCGUCAACAGUAUGGCGGCUCUAAACGGAGGCCUGGGCGGCGCAGGGCUUACCAACGGGACGGCGGGCACCAUGGACGCGCUGACGCAGGCUUACUCAGGGAUCCAGCAGUACGCCGCCGCAGCGCUGCCCACCCUCUACAGCCAGUCCCUGCUGCAGCAGCAGGGGGCCGCCGGCAGCCAGAAAGAGGGUCCCGAAGGUGCCAACCUCUUCAUCUACCACCUGCCCCAGGAGUUCGGAGACCAGGACAUACUGCAGAUGUUCAUGCCUUUCGGAAACGUGGUCUCUGCCAAAGUCUUCAUCGACAAACAGACAAACCUUAGCAAGUGCUUCGGCUUCGUCAGCUACGACAAUCCAGUGUCGGCACAGGCAGCCAUCCAGGCCAUGAACGGCUUCCAGAUCGGCAUGAAGCGGCUGAAGGUGCAGCUGAAGCGCUCCAAGAACGACAGCAAACCAUACUGAUCUUAGCACUAGGGUCUAUCUGCUCCCCAUGUUAGCACUGCUAGGAACAACCCAUCUCCAUGCCUGUUAUAGCUUCAUCGUUUGCCUAGCAUGUCUCCGUGGCGUCCAAAAAAAAAAA